AAUAGUGAAAUGAGUAACAGACAGAAGAGGAAGAGAGAGUGUGGUUUUGUUUCUAAUGGACUUUCUUCUCAUUCACUUGUUUCUCUUUCUUCCAAUCCUUUUCUUCACUUUUCUGUCUCUCCCUUUUCCAUUCCCAACCUUUUCUUUUACUUUUUCAGAUUUUUGGGCUUGGAAGUCACAGUUGUCUCACCCAGUGGCUGAUUUGGUUUUGAGGAAUGGGGUGAUAUAUACUAGUGAUGAUUCUCUCCCAUUUGCAGAGUCCAUGGCAGUGGCGAAUGGGAGAGUUCUUCGUGUUGGAAACCAUUCAUUUGUCAAGGAGUUGGAGGGAUAUGGAACUCAAGUUUUGGAUCUUGGUGGGAAGGUUGUGGUUCCUGGGUUCAUUGAUUCUCAUGUGCAUUUCAUUGCUGGUGGAUUGCAGAUGAUGCAGGUGGAGCUGAGAGGUGUUAACAAAAAGGAAGAAUUUGUUAGAAGGGUCAAAGAUGCAGCACAAAGCUCAAAACAAGGUUUCUGGAUUUUGGGUGGUGGAUGGAACAAUGAUCUAUGGGAAGGAGAUCUGCCUGCUGCCUCUUGGAUUGAUGAUAUUACUCCUAAUAAUCCUGUUUGGCUUUCAAGAGUAGAUGGCCACAUGGGCUUGGCUAAUUCAGUGGCACUAAAGUUGGCUGGGAUUACAAAUUUAACAGAUGAUCCAAUGGGGGGAAUUAUAGUGAGGGCUGCAAAUGGAGAACCUACUGGAGUACUAAUUGAUUCUGCUGUGACACUUAUGACCUCCCUGAUUCCGGAGGAUUCAGUAGAUGAUAGGAGGGAAGCGUUGCUUAGAGCAAGCAGUCUUGCCCUAACAAGAGGGCUGACCACGGUUGUUGAUAUGGGAAGAUAUUAUCCUGGGUUUUCACCUGAACUUUCUUGGGAUGAUUUUUCAGAUGUUUAUCAAUGGGCUAAUUCAAUGUCAAAAAUGAAAAUUAGAGUAUGUUUAUUUUUUUCAAUGGAGACACGGUCACGUUUGGUGGAUUUGAUUAACAAAGUUGGCCAUACCUUGAGCGAAUGGAUUUAUAUUGGUGGUGUUAAAGCUUUUGCUGAUGGGUCUUUGGGUUCCAAUAGUGCAUUGCUUUAUGAGCCGUAUGUUGAUGAGCCAGACAACUAUGGUUUACAACUAACUGAACCUGAAGCACUUCUCAACAUGACCUUGGAGUCUGAUUUAUAUGGUCUACAGGUUGCUAUUCAUGCUAUAGGAGACAAAACAAAUGACCUUAUCUUGGACCUAUAUAGUUCAGUAGCUUCUGCAAAUGGUAUGAGAGAUCGAAGAUUCAGGAUUGAGCAUGCCCAGCAGUUGGCAGCCGGAACCCCUGGCCGAUUUGGUAAACAGAGGGUUAUUGCUUCCAUGCAGCCAGAUCAAUUGUUGGAUGAUGCUGACUAUACUAGCAAAAAGCUUGGCAAGGAUAGGGCAGAUACAGAAUCAUAUUUGUUCCGGUCACUCUUAAAUAACAAUGCAUUAGUGGCAUUUGGUUCUGACUGGCCGGUGGUAGACAUCAAUCCCUUAAGUGGCAUUAAGACAGCAAUGAAGAGGACACCUCCCACUUGGGAAAGUGCAUGGAUUCCAUCCGAAUGCAUUUCACUAGAUGAUGCAAUAAAGGCUUACACCAUUUCUGCUGCUCGUGCAAGCUUCCUUGACAAAGAUCUUGGAUCCUUAUCUCCGGGGAAACUGGCAGAUUUUGUCAUAUUGUCCACCGAUUCAUGGCAAGACUUUGCUGAAGAUGCAGAUGCAUCUAUUGAGCAAACAUAUGUUUCUGGUGUGAGAGCAUAUCCUUGAAGCCCUUUCAUUCAGUUAGAUGAUAAAUUUUUGGUUAAAUUAGAAAAAAAUCACUGUUUUCAUUUCAGUCCUAUAUGAAAAAACUCUACAUUUUAGUUGAUAUAGUAAAAAAUGCAUAAGAACUGGUUUGUGAACAUUACAAUGGUGUUUGAUCUGUUUCUUGAUCUUACUCUUGAUAACAUUUGGUUAGUUCCUUCAUGAAAAAAACUACACUACAUGGCAAAAUC